UGUGCUCAGCUGUGCGAACCGUUUGGGUGUUUAUUGAAGGAUCAGACUGCCGGAGAGCACGGACAGUGUACACAGGUUGAAUAUGGCGUGUCACCAGCAAAAAGUACUGAAUUUGAUUAGAUUCUUCAGGCGACACAGCUCCCUCUUGAUUGAAUGCGAGAGGACUACAGUAUGUGGCGCAGAUAACAUGAUACUUGUAUUGCAGUUGGCAAUGGCUGAGGUUAACAAAAAGAAUGGUAGAGAAUUUUCGGUGUCACUUAGUGACCUGUUACUGGUAUGGAAAUACUUGCUUAAAGAUAAACUUGGACUGCAUCGUGAUGCUGAAGAGGUUCCUGAAAGUUAUGCAUCUGUGAAAGAAAUGUAUAAUCUUUUCCUUAAAAACAGCAGCACGUUGGAUCUAAUUGAUCUACACGAGAAGUGCCGUACACUGGAGGAUUACAGUGAGCCAGACAGCUUAUCUUCUGAUCAGUUACUGGAAUUUAUUGCUGGAAGACAUCCUGAAGAGACAGAGACCACUCUUAUGCCUGUGUUUACUCCAAGUAAAAAUAACCUGGACUCUCUGAAGGUUAAUGAAACACUGAAGAGAAUUUUCUGUGGGUAUUUAAAUCUCCUGGUUAAUUCAAAAAAUGACAUUGCUUUGGCCCAGGUCCUCAAUUGUCCUGAUAGGGGGCUCGGAAGGGAAGCCUUCACGGACCUGAAACGCAAAUCACGACAGAAUCAGAUGUCUCUGUUUUUGGUUGCUACAUCGUUUAUCAGAACUCUAGAACUCGGAGGAAAGGGCUACGCACCUUCUGAAUCAGAUCCUUUAAGAAAGCAUGUGAAAGGACUUACUCAUUUUGUUCACUUCAUAGACAAACUUAAUGAAAUUCUUGGAGAAACAAAAGACACAAGAACUGCAGGAGAGAUGAUCCUAUCCACAAUAAAGACACAUCUGAUAAAAGGCAGAGGCAGCGGGGAUCCACUUAGUGAAGCAGCAGCGGAUGUUGCACAAGAUUUGGAUUUAAGGAUUAAAAACCUUAUUAACUUUUCCUAUGAGGAUGGAAAUGGGAACACCACAGGCAUCAGUCCAGCACGGCCUCGAAUCCAUGCAAUAAAUCGUGGCACUGCUUCAAUUGAUAGAGAAACUAUAAAAAUGUUACUACUUCUUUUGGAUGAAGAAGCUGCAUGUCUCCCCAGCAAAAACAAGGCAGAGCUGCUGUGUGCAGAUGAAGAUUCUACAUUGAUGGGAGCCUUCUCUCUUGUAACGCUAUUUAGGUCACCUGAGCAAUGUAGCGGGUUGUCUCCGAAACCUCUCAGUCAACGUAUACAGAAAUGCACUAAAGAAAGUAAACCCAAGUUGAAACAGAAUCUGAUCAAAUCUCAGUUUUCAUGCACCUAUAAAGAUGGUAACCCAAUGCAAAUAAAGCCAGGUGACUUCCCCAGUAUGAGCCAAGUUCCUACAUGUGUUCAUCCAGCACCAAAGAUUGUUCCAGUACUCUGUUUUGAUGAAGACACCAAUGACGUGCGUGUGGAAAGACGAGGACUUCAAUCAGUUUCUGGAAACAUAAAUGUCAGUGAUACAGAUGUGAAAAGAAAAGGCAAAGCAUCCAAGAGCACAAAGAGGAAGAAAGUAGACAUGAACCGUGAAAACCGCAACGAUCGAGACAAUGAACCUCCUGGAAAGAAAAGCAUGUCUCAGCUAACCUCUACAAAACCAAAAGACUCCUCUAAACAAACCUCAAGAAUCAGCAGUAAAACCACAACUAAAAAUAAACUGAUCGCAGGACAAGCCAAGUUAACAACCUUUUUUAGACUGUAAUUUUGAUUUACCAGUAGUUUUAAUUCUGUACAUAGUUAUUUUGUAAGUUAUUUUUGUUUCUUUAAACAGGGUUGUACAGUGUUGUUGUAUGUUUUGAUUUUACCGUUACAUGAAGGUUUUGUAAGAAUGGUCAAUACUUGUUUGUGUUGCUCAGUUUUUUUUAUUUACAAUAAUAAAUUUACAAAGCAAUUACCGACUUUUCAUUUGAUUUUCUUUUUAAAGUAACAAAUUGCAAAUGUUUGUCGGAUGUAA